ACGAUACAACCCUCUCCCCACUCAAAGGUUCUUUCCUCCCCUGGAACAGCCCGCGCGCAUCCUUAGCGCUCGCUAGCCAUCAAAGCCGCCGAUCCUUCUGACUUGAAAGCAAAACACAAAAUGGCGUUCGGCGUUAUUGUGGCGACAGUGUUUUAACCUCCAGCGGUUCUCUCUAAACCGCCGUUGUUAUAUGGCUGCCCCUGCUGAACCAGCCAGCUAGCUGCUGGAAGUGUGGAGUCCCCCGGAGCACGAACUCCCACCCAGAAUCUACCCCGGGUCAUAUCUUCCCAGAGCCUUCCCAGUGAAUGUUUUCCUAAAUUCUAUACAUUAUCUAGGACAUCCCGUUAUUGCUGGUACUGAGAACCCCGCUCCGUGGUAACACACACGGGUUACCAUUGCGCGCAACCCUGUUACCCGGCCGAAGGGCAUUCCUUGCUACAUUUGCCUUUUGUGAGAAGUCGUUUGCAGAGUUCCAAUAGAGAAAAAGUGCGUUGUACCGAUAAAAGUGGCGGCCGUGAAAGGGAGAUCAAACCUUACAUUCACCCCUCAUUCUUUACUAACAUAUAUGUAUAUAUACAUAUAUAUAUAUGUAUGUAUGUGGUGUGAGCAAGAGUUGACGGAGUGAAAAUAAAACAAGAGCAACAGAAAAUAUUAAUGUAUGCGUCUCUUUUAUAGCCGAAGUGCAACGCGUGAAUACUUCUUCAGCUACCGUAGCUGUGCAGUGACAAUGCGUGCGCUAUUGUGUUUUGUGAGUGAUUCAAUUGGAACUGUUACGCUACUAGUAGAGGAUCUUGUUCGACCCAUGGAUUGUAACGAUUUGCCGUGGCCGUAGGGUUUCUUCGACCUCUCUGACGGCAGGCAAGCCCUAUUAUACUAAGAGGAUACCCAGUAGGAAAACUCGCUAGCAGGACUAAGUCGCCUGCACUGUGCCCGACCGUUUGGCCAACCCCCACUGUACAGGCCAAAGAUGUGCUCCUUCAACAGCUUCUUUUUGAGGUGCUGCCUUGUUCUUAUGGUUGCAUUGGCCAUUUGCACACGGUCAGCGACAUCCCAUGAAGCAGAACUUGCCACCCUGGAGAAUGGAGUGGCAGAUCGGCAGCACAACGCUAGCGGUUUCGUGGGCAGUGCGGCGACUCUUCCGUGUGAAAUAGAUGAAGCGCAUUGCGGCCGGGUAUAUCUCGUCACAUGGACGAAACUGAGCUCGACGCACGGCCACUGGGAACGUGUCUACCUGUUCAGUAGUAGCAGCACCGUAAAUCGGGUGCUAGGACCUCUCGCGCAUCCGGACCGAGCUGCCUUCCACGCCGGUAAUGGCACGGCGCAUUUACGAAUUCAGCCAUUACAUGUUACCGACGACGGAACGUACAAAUGCGACGUUACGUACGUCCAGGGCGAGUGUCCAUCGCUGUCGUUCACUCACCUACAGACACUCGUGGAGCCCCAAGAGCCGGUGAUGCGGCUAGACGGCCGGUCACUUGAACCUGGCGCCCUGUUAGGACCAUUCAUCGAGGGGCAAACAGUGGUGCUGGAGUGUGCGUCCACGCAAGGAAGGCCAGCCUCACUGGUGUCCUGGCGUAACGGAUCUUCACCAUUGCCCGUUAAAACAUCGCGACAGACACAUCCAAAUGGUCUCAGCGAUGUGGUAGCGAUAGCGCGGUUCGUUGUUUCGCGAUGGGACCUUGGAGCGCGGCUGCAGUGCGUCGUUGAAAGUCGAGCCGCUCCGGGCCGAUUAAGCGGAAACGCAUUGACGCUCGAUGUACAUGUCCGUCCCGUGUCCUUGAAUCUGCGUGGGCCAAGUCACCCCGUUGUUGCAGGUGAAAUGGUCUCAUUAACAUGCGUCGUCGACGGUGCUAAGCCUGCCGCCAACAUCACGUGGUACAACAGAUCGGAACUGGUGAGUCCGCAACCCGUGUCGACAGAAGAGCCUCUUGAGGAUGGCACCUUCCGGACGACUUCAACGAUCGUAUUCAUCGCUACACAGUUCGAUCAUCAAAGCGAAUACUUCUGUAAAGGCAUGAACCAGGUGCUAAAGAACCGAACAGAGGCUCCACUUUUGCAAGCGGUGCGGCUAGAAGUCCUCUAUCCACCAGCUGUGAUUAUGCGGCCCCUCGAGGGUGUGAACGUGUCUGAAGGCCAGGCAGCCAACGUGAGCUGUCAGUACAACGCUAACCCGCCAAACAUUAGCGAGGUGACAUGGUAUAAGGAUGGGCACGUUCUGGCCGUUGACCGACGACGGCACGACCGCCCGCUGCUGCGUCAUCAGGUGGCACUAUUUCGUAUACACAACGUUUCUCGUGACGACCAGGGCGCAUACAGCUGUCAUGUACGGAACGCAUUUGGAACGGGCAAUUCGUCGAACGCGAUUCAGCUUGAUGUGUUCUAUCGUCCUUCGGUCUCUGCCUGGCUCUCCCCAUCCGUCAUAUCGAUUGACGAGGGACCUUUGACACUUCGGUGCGACGUCAUUUCCGGACACCCACCUCAGCUAAUCCGAGUUCGCUGGCUCAAAGAUGGAACGCCGUUUUUUGAGACGGCAGCUUCUGUUCUCGAAUUAUCGCCUGUCAACAAAUCACUCUCAGGCGCUUACCAGUGUCUAGCACUGAACGCCGCCGGGUGGAGUGAACUCAGCGAAGACGCAAGACCCCUAACGGUCAUGUAUCCGCCGGGACUGUCGCAGAUUCGCGUCAUUUCGCCGGAACAACGGCCAGCAAAAGGUGAACGUGUAGAGCUCGAGUGUGCCGUCGAUGAUCCAGGAUUUCCGCCGGCUGCCUCGUUCGAAUGGUUCCACAAUGGGACACCGGUCUUGCCUAACGCUUCAGGCAACAGCGGGCCUGAUGAGAUUCUGCAGAGUGAUCGACUGUUGACUCCGCCACUAAGCGUUGUUAGCCAGGGCAACUAUUCGUGCGCGGCCGUCAAUCAAAUCGGCCGGGGUUUGGCGCAAGGACUCACGCUCCAUCCGAUGGUUCCCCCAGCAUUUAUCAAGCCAUUAGCGCAGUCAGGUGGCGCUCGCGUCAUGAAUCACUCGGUUGUCUAUCUGGAGUGCGUUGUCGAAUGCGUUCCCCAGUGCCACAUUUGGUGGAAACGAAACAAUCGUAGCAUUCAUGUCGACUACGGUCACCAUCUGCCCCGCCACUGGGAAAAAGAACAUCGGAACCACACGGACCGCUUGCUCGAUCAGCUGUUCAAGGUCCGCGCCACAACUCUGCCGGCCUCUGUUCGCCAGGGGCAUUUCGCGGCAGUGAAAAGCGUUCUCUACUGGAAUCUGACGGAGCUCGCCGAGACGGGUAUCGAGAUUGAUGGCAACACCUUCACGUGUGAAUCGAGCGGUAACGAGGUUGGACAGGGUAUCAGCAGCUCAAUACGGUUCAAGCUUGAAUAUGGCCCCGAGUCCGUGAGCCUGUCGUCGGACGAGGUGGAGCUUUUAGAAGGUCACAGUUUGACGCCCGACUCGAUCAUUUGUUCGGCGACUGGUAACCCAGCGCCUUCCAUUGUCUGGACUCUGAGAGGACGAAUCGUCUCCACGGGGCCCCGUCUAACGUUACCUUCGCCGUUGAGUCGUCACGCAAGUGGUAACUACACUUGUACAGCGUCCAAUAAAUACGGUGAACGGAGUGCCUCAGCAUCGAUCAACGUCUUGCAUCGGCCAGAGUGCGUUAUCUUGAAGGAGGAGGACUCGACCGGAGACAUCAUCCUCACGUGCGAGGUCACCGCGGCUCCGCCUGUGCUCGGCUUUUCUUGGCAUCACAACAACCGCUCGCUGUCCGAGGAGAAUCUCAUCGCUGGUGAUACCCGUUCUGUACUCGUACUGCAACAGCCCGAUUCCUUCGGGCAAUAUUCGUGCGUAGCAGCCAAUCAAAUUGGCCCGUCGGAGCCAUGUUUAAUUCGCCUGACGAGGCUUCCAACGCCCGCCGGUUGGGUGAAUCUCUUCCUCAAAGAGGAAAACGUGCUCGUUCUAACUUUGGCUCUAGCCGCCAUAGUUAUUGUGGCUGUUAUGGUGUUUGUAGCGCUUGCCUUUAUCCGCAAAAAGUCGGAAGCAAAACCCCGAAUACAUCGAGAAAAUGCUCGACUCGUUCUAAUGGACGAGACACUACCCCACAUGCGUGCUGAAGGCAACAUCAAGAGUCAGCUCCUGCUGCCUGACGGCACGCCGCUGAUCUUCACGCCCCAAGGCCGCGCAACGACGUUGCCUCCAGCAGAACCUUUACUGCUCGAGAAUCCCUACCAAAAUAUCUCUGAGUACCGGACGCUCGCAACGGGUGGUCUCGCCUCACCAUAUGAACGCAUCGGUAUCACGGGCCAAACCGGCUCUGGGGGUGAGCUAGCAAUCCCUCACGGAGCCAAACUUGCCACCCUUGCCACACUCCGGCACUCUUCAGGCCAUCCAGGCCUGCAGGUGGCUACCGACGAGAACAAUUACGCAUUACCGGGCGAAGCCAGUACCAUACAGCUGGCAGGGAUACCAGCGCGUCUCGCGCUGUCAAAACCAGCUUCGGCCGACACUAAACCGUCCUUGACCAUCAAUCGGUUACACGCUGUGAAUAAGGCAGAUUUUGCUCGAGUGCCACUUGAGGAACGUGGGGGAGGUCUGGCAGCAGGCGGAGGAAUCGUAGGUAGUAGUAGUGCUACUGGAACACAACAGCGGCGUCAGCGGACGCUCCAGCAUCCCGUGCGAACGACAGGCGGCAACCUUACCAGCAUUGGCACGACGACAACAACGACACAAGCUGGGACCCUUGGGAAAGGACAUACUGGCCCCGGAAGUAUUACCGGGUCACCAUACUAUGCUACUGGAGAUAUCGCUGGAGAAAGCGUGGCUGCGCACACGUUGCAGUCGCAAGGAACGAGACAAAUCAGACGGCAAGUUGGGGGUUCAGGAAGGGUAUCGCCUGGAAAUAUCUGAGAAGGAUAAAGAGAUAUAGAGAUAGAAAAAGGCGUUAGCGUAGGGGAACGAGAUCGUAAACAAUAUAAAGCACGUGACGACAGCAUGCAGAUAGAUGACGCCUUUUAUUACUGUUGAUUGCCGAUCCACGACGAUUACGUCGUAAUCGUGUCUAGCGUCGCCAUUUUCUUCUUAUUUUGCGAAGCUGAUUUCGAUUCCUCUUUGGAGCUUUGUGUCUCUAUCCGUUAUCAUUGAUCGCUGACGAAUUCCGCCGCCAUCUUAUCGAGUUCUUGUUCGACUCUAGAGUAACACGUUUUGAAGCAGAAAUGCCAGAGCUUUUUGGCAGUCUGCAGAGAAAAACAGCUCGAUAAGCUCGGGGCUUAGUGCGGGCUAUCACUCGCCCGAUGGUCGCAACAGCUUCGAUCGAGGAGAGCGGAUUUGAUCAUUGUCGGAGAUGGCGAUCAACCAGGAAGCUGGAAAAUCUGUCCGUGUUCACGUGUGCUGGGUGUUUGUGCAGAUGUCGCAAUAGAUGUGUAUUACUAUGAUGGUAAUAACAAGAAGAAGGUGGAAUAUGGGAAGCUUUUAUGACUGAGUGAUAGAGUUUAUUGUACAGUAAUUAGAAAUCAAGAUAAUAGAGAAGAUAAACUCUAUAUAGUGAUGAAACGCUAUAAGUGAUAAUACGAAUAAGUAUAAUAAAAAUAACGUAUAGUCGACAAUGGAUAUGAUGAUAAUAUUAACACAAAUUGCGAAUAGUAACAAUAUAUAGACAAAAGUAACAACAUGAGGUACAGACAAACAGAAUACACACACCCAUAUGCGAUACGCAGACAGACAAACAGAUAAACAGGCAGACACAGACAGACAGAUAACUAAACAACACGGAAUUGAAUGCUUAAUGUGCAUAACCACAAGGGCUGAUCCGUCUCGAUUGGUCAGUGGUCGAACAUAACUGGCCACAAGGUAACUCAGCGAACAUCAUACAUUGGAGAGUAUAAGCAAAAACAGACGAUAGGACGAAACGUACCCGUAUACUGAUCACACGGGAGCCUCGAAAAUUAUAAAGAAGAAGGAUAGCGAGUGUAUAUGUGUGUGUACGUGAAGAAAGGAAAUCUGACAAAGCAACGAGCCAUUCAAAUUCUACAAACAAUAAGAUCAUGGUCGUAAACUGAUUCUAGAGACGGCAAAAACAAACAGCAGGUUACUGUGGGCACUGGUGAUUGAGCGAUAAUGUGGAAACGAUGUCUGCGUACGAAUGACAAUAAAGCAAGCUAGAAAGGAGUUAAUGUUAUAGGGGUAACACUACUUAAAAAUAAAGACUGAUGAUGAUGAUUAUGGUGACGGCGAAGAAUCGUUCAAUUCAUUGCUCGUCCCGGUGCUCUUGAAGGGCGGCCCGGAAAUACUACGGGAGGCGCUGCGCAGGGUUUUACUAUAUAUAGGAUAAAGUUUCUUGGCAAUUCCCCACCAGCACGCCAGAAGAAGCCAAAUUAUCUGGUAGCUAAGUUGAAGUGGCUAUUUAUCCAUUGUGUCUCUCGACAGAAAAGGCCAAAAGCUGAGAGAAAGAAACGUACGGUGGAACGAGGGUAACAGAAGGAGUUCGACUGGCAGUCGAAUCAGUUUUUGUACGACGAUUCUUACAACAGUAAAUCAUGCUUCUGGCAGGUCGCAGCUGUCCCGAAAUGCCCGGCAUUGCUAGACGAAUCAAGUGUCGUUGGUCACUUUUAGUUUCUCGAAAAAAACGUGCUUGCUCCGUUAUGAGCAAGAAAAAACAUUUAAAAGUUCGCUGAAUUAUCGAAAGUGACGUAAAUACUGUAAAGCACAACUUAUGAAUGUUUCAACUAUAGUACUAUCAUAUGUGAUUACUACAGAUGAAUAUGGGAAAUGCACUUAUUUGUGAUAAACAGUCGGUCACGCUUCACGAGCAAAUACAGAUCAAAGUGUAUAGGAAUAUGGCAACCACGUAACUGGACAUUUUCUCGCAGACAAAAAAAUGACAGAAGCUUAUUAUGUUCCCUCACUCAACCUCGAUUGUUCGUGACAACUAUGCAAAUUAUCAUUGUGCAUGAUAUUCUAAUUUUGUAUCAGAUCAGUCUGCAACGGGUUAACUCAAUGUUAAGCGACGUUUCGCGCCAGCUGCAACCGCCAACGACCUUGUCGAUGAUCUUCGAUGUUAUUAUAUUGUCAGUGCCCACCCAUGGCUUCAGUCGAUACUGUACAUAGUAGGUAGACGAAAAGGAGAGGCAGGUAAUGGAGGACGGAAACGACAAACAAAGCAAUUGUACACCUGAAUAUAUAUAUAUAUAUAUGUACGCCGUAAUGUCGACAGUUGCAUAGUUAUUCAACUAACACAGGGCAAAGUGCAGCAUCGCCGUAAAAAUGACACGUCGACAGCGAAACCUCAAUUUUACACUUCACACGAAAGUGAAUGGCCGAAAAGAAAGAAUAUCGGACGCCUUUGCAAUAUCUCCACUUACGAUCUACACAACGGCAAACGAUGAUGUUGUAAUAUACUUAGGUAAAGAAGCCGUCGUCGAAGUUCAGACUGCCAAUAAGGGAGAUUAAUACGAGAUACAUAGAUACAUAAAUAGGCCAAUCAGAGUAGCGAAAGAGAGUGGUCCAGGUGUACGACGAGUGACCACAAGAGCCUGCUAAAGGUGGUGCAUACUUUACAUCUUCAGAAUUUCGGGACAAGAAGGUGCCUCUGAACGAGUCAGCUGCUUGAUUAAUCAUGCUGAAUGCAUACAGAUGAGUUACAACACAACCAUAUUACAAUAGUACGCCGAAACAACGGUAACAGCCGUUGUGAUUAAAGGCGGCCUCCUUCUUGGUAUACUCCAGGGCAAAUCAAACCUACUAUUCCAAAGAGGUUAAACUCGAGUAAGUUGAGAUUUCGCCAACGCUCACGCUGGUGAUCCACGCCGUUUAACAGCAUCUGCGCAGUUAUCACAGCCGCUAAUCUGUGCUGAUCUGGUCAGCUGGUGAUGUUCGAUCAAAGAAAAACUACAGUUGAACAAUAGGGGAUCGUCCUUUAAGAAGAAUAAACAGAGCGAUUGAGGAACGAACCGACGAAUGAUAUUCGGAAUUUGCAAAAGUCCUAAGUAAUUCAUGUAAAUUAUCGAGACCGGCUUGAUAAGCUGAAUCCGCUGGCUGAAUUGAUUUUAUCGAGGCAGGUGCUAGGCUUAAUUUGCAGGUUUUGAAAUGUUUACGAGAAUCUGAAAGAUGCUGACGGCAAGAUGUUGUCGACGGGGGUCGCCUUUCGAGGUUAAAUCAGUUAAGAGUGUAUAAAUAUCGGCCUGGUUUAGUUGUCCUUCAUGUACAUUUGUGCUUGUUCUGACCGACGUUUUGCCCGCGAGUCAGGCCAACCAGCCUCCGUAAGUGCUUCAGUAAUUUGCUCGUUUCCCAACGCAACCCCGGCGGCCCCUGAGAUUAGACGACGCACAAUAAUACAAACUUCGCCCUAACAGAGGAAACAAUAGCAACAUUGAGAACAAUACUAUUAAGAAGCCGACUGUAUUUCAUCGGUGAGCUGUCACUCACGGUUUCCUUACGCAGCGGACAAGUGAAGAAUUUAUCAAAAAAGAAACACUGUCGACAAUGUGUAAUAAUAAUCCAUAACAAACAGAAAACAAAGAGAAAAAACGGUCGAACAGGAGAGAAAAAAAUUAAAUAAAUGAAUGAAUGUAUAUGUUGCCGGACCCUAAA